UCUUCUCCUUGUUAUUAAAUCACAGACGAUGACCCAUAAACAAAUCGAUUCAUGACUCUUGAUGAGUUUUCUCUCUCUUUGCCUCUUCAUACCCUCUCCAGCCGGCCAAUUUUUACCUAACUCUUAUCAGUUCCCCCAAAAAAUUUCCUUUCAAAAAUUACCCAGAUUCUUCAAUCAAUCGGUGGGAUUUCAUUACGUCAUUGAUCUGUUUGAUUGCCGUCGUGGUCCUCCACCGACAAAUCUUGCUUCUCAGGUGAAGAAUUCUUUCGAUUUUAAUUCUCUUUUCUUUAUCUGGGUUCGAUUUGAUUUGAUCCCUAAUUUGGAUAAAAUUGUUGGGUUUUGAUUGAGUUUGAAAUCGUUUCUGGGUUCUGAUUGAAAUUUGAAUUCGUUUCUGGGUUCUGAUUGAAAUUCGAAUUCGUUUCUGGGUUCUGAUUGAAAUUUGAAUUCGUUUCUGGGUUGUGAUUGAAAUUUGAAUUCGUUUCUGGGUUGUGAUCGAAACUUGAAUUCGUUUCUGGGCUGUGAUCGAAAUUUGAAUUUGUUUCUGGAUUUUGAUUGAAAUUUGAAUUCGUUUCUGGGUUUUGAUUUUUACCCCCAAAUGGUCUGUUUUCAUAGCUCAAUUCCGGUUAGCCACCAUAUGAACAUGGCUAAUCAAUCGCAAAAAUCAUCAAAACGAACACCCAUUUCAACAUGUGAACAGUCUCCAUCCGCUUUAAUCGAUUUAAUCAUUUUAAUUGCUGUAAUUGGUGCCAUUGGAUUCCUUAUCUAUCCAUAUGCAAAGUUCUUAUUCUCUGGAACCCUAGAAAUUCUUGAAUCAAUCAUAUUCGUGGUCAAAGAUGAGGUUUUAGAUGCCCCCAUGAUCUAUGGCUGUUUAGCCCUAAGUAUUUUCAGUGCAUCAAUGGCGGUUUUAGCGAUUACGCUAUGCACGUCUCAGAAAUGCGGCAAACCCGGUUGCCGUGGGCUGCAGAAGGCGGCAGAAUUCGAUAUCCAACUCGAAACAGAUAACAAUUUGACCAAUUCAAGCUCCUCUAAUGGUGGAAAUCUUGGGAAAAUUGGAUUGAAGAAAGGGUUGUUUGAAUUGCCAAGAGAUUACCACAAGGAAUUAGAGGCCGAGCUCAAGAAAAUGGCACCGAUCAACGGCCGAGCCGUGCUUAUUUUUCGAGCUCGAUGUGGUUGUUCGGUUGGCAGGAUGGAAGUUCUUGGCCCCAAGAAGAAUAACAGAAAGAUCAAAAAGUAGAUAUAUUUUUAGGAAACUCAGAAUCAUUUUUUUUGUGAGUAUUCAUAAUGAAUAAAGUGAUAACAUAUUCUUUAAUGAAUAGUAUUCAUUAUGAAUACUUAUAAAACAGAUGAUUUAUGAGUUGUUAAAAUAUUUAAGGUUUCUAAACGAAACAGUCUCAAAAAUAGAUAAAUGAGAAUUUGGUAUUUACUUGCAUAUAAAAAUGAUGAAAAUAAGAGAUAUUGAUAUGAAUGGUGCAUAUACAAUCUUUAGUAUAUACUUUGUGAUGGGAUUUUGAUAUAAAGGUUAAUGCUUUGAUGU